CGCUUGAGGGCAGGUACAGUCCCUUCCUCACUUACUUUUAAUGACGACGACAGUUGAGAAGUUUGGUAAACGUUUUUCGGCCAACUAAAUUUGAAAGGAAAUAUUUCAAGUGGACAAAAUGGAUCCAAAAAAGCCACCUGACUUCAGUAAUAUGGCGGGCAUUCCUCCGUGGGGUCGUAGUAGAGGGUUUGCUGUAGCCAGAGGAUCUUUCCCUCCUACUAAUGUCCUACAAGUACAAGGCUCUGGUAUACCUGCUGAUCAGCCUUUAGCUGGACACGGUAGAGGGCGUCAGUCUGACGAUGGAGGACAAUUUGGAGUUCGAGUGGGGCCCUUUCACGCAUCAGAACCCAAGAUAGGCAUAUCAAGAGGCACAGUCCUGGCUAGCACAGAGGUUCGGAAGGUACUUGCAGAAGCAGCCCCCACCAGGAAAGAGGUUGACUCGUCGUCACGUGGUCAAGAACCUGCACUGAUUUCAAUGUUCAGGGGAAUAGGCUUUGAACCUUCAGUGGCCUCAAGAGGAAGAGGAACAUUACGACUUGGAAGAGAAGCCUUCGGAGAGGUGGAGGAGUUAAAGCUGCCAAUUCCGGAUGUAGAAGCCAGUAGCCCACAGAUUGGCCACCGCCAAGCAGUGAUCGGCAGAGGAUUUCUUGGCCAAGAAAUUUCCCCAAGCAUGAUGGUGGGAGUUGGAAGAGCAUUAAAUCCUGCGCUUGGACUGGGACAAAGAUGUCCUUUACCUCUUUCCUCCCUUCCUCUCAAAAGUGUUCAGGCUGGUUCUCUUAUCUCUGAGGCAACAGCAUGCCAUCCCUCCGAGACCUCUGACACAGAAAUUGUGUCCAUUGUUCAAGCGGCCCAAGACCCUGUGGCUACUGCACCAGGAAAGAAAGAAUUGAAAAUGGAGGCAGUCCACCUGCCACUCAACAAGGCUGGAUCAAAAGGAACUCCAGUAACUAUUGGCUCAAAUCAUAUUCCAAUUUACUGCAAGAACAAAGCUGUUUAUCAGUACCAUGUCACAUUUACACCAAAUGUUGAAUCCAUGUCAAUGCGCUUCGGAAUGAUGAAAGAGCACCACUUGACCACAGGAGAAGUUACAGCUUUUGAUGGUUCUAUACUCUACCUUCCCCUACAACUGAAGAAUGAGGUGGUUCUUAGGAGUUUGAGAAGAACCGACAAUGAAGAAAUCCAUAUCCAAAUACAGAUGACGAAGAUAUUGCCACCCAACUCUGAGCUAUGCAUCCCACUCUACAAUGUCGUUCUCCGGAGGGUCAUGAAAAUGAUUGGAUUGAAGCCCAUCGGGAGAAAUCAUUAUAAUCCAGAAAAUGCAGUAGUUCUUGACAAACAUCGGCUGCAAGUAUGGCCAGGCUAUUCAACAUGUAUCAAACAUACAGAUGGAGGUCUGUACCUGUGUGUUGAUGUCUCCCACAAAGUCUUGCGGAAUGACUCUGUGCUGGAAUUCAUGAAUAUUCUGUACCAACGAAGCAAAGAGAAAUUUAGAGAUGAAUGCACCAAAGAACUUGUUGGAAACAUCAUUAUCACCCGCUACAAUAACCGGACUUACCGCGUUGAUUCCAUUGAGUGGGACAAAUCACCCAAAGACACCUUCACCUUGAUGGAUGGCACAAAAACCACUUUUGUGGACUACUACAGCAAGCACUAUGGAAUUAUUAUUAAAGAAAUGGACCAACCUCUUCUCAUGCAUAAACCAAAAGAGCGUUCCAAGACCGGUGGAAAGCAAGUCAUUACUGGAGAAAUCUUAAUCGUUCCUGAGCUUUCAUUCAUGACGGGGAUCCCAGAAAAUAUGAAGAAGGAUUUCAAAACAAUGAAGGACCUGACCAUGCACAUUAAUUUGAAUGGCGACCAGCACAAUCUUUCAAUAAAGCAACUUUUGAAGAACAUAAGCGCUAACCCCGACAGCCAAAAAGAAGUCACCAAGUGGAACCUUGAAUUUGCCUCGGAAAUACUGCAAGUAAAGGGUAGAAUUUUGCCUCUUGAACCCAUCUGUGUCCCAACAUCGUCGUUUACAAUCGGUGCUGAUGGAUCGUGGUCCAGAGAUGUUGUGAGGGUUGCUUCAAUUAGCUCAGUCCCCCUAAAAAAAUGGGCCAUUUUCUACCCUUGCCGCUGUGCAGACCAUGCUGAAGAGUUUAUUUCAACCUUGAACAAGGUGGGUGGGCCUCUCGGGGUGCAAGUGGCUCGUCCGGUGUGUGUAGAGCUGAAGGAUGAUCGCACAGAAUCGUAUGUCAAAAGCAUCCACUCUCAGCUCACUAGUGAGCCUACUUUACAGCUUGUAGUGUGCAUCCUGGUAGGGAACAGAGAAGAUCUCUACAGUGCCAUCAAGAAGCUCUGCUGUGUUAAAAGUCCCAUCCCAUCCCAGGUUAUCAACAUCCGGACAAUUUCCCAGCAACAGAAGUUAAGGAGUGUGACCCAAAAAAUACUCCUCCAAGUGAACAGCAAAUUAGGAGGAGAACUUUGGACUGUCAAUGUCCCUCUGAAACAAAUAAUGCUGGUUGGAGUUGAUGUCCACCAUGACACCCACAAGAGUCGCCGAUCAGUCAUGGGCUUUGUUGCAAGCACAAACAACUCACUGACUCGCUGGUAUUCCAGAGUAACUUUCCAAGGACCCAAUGAAGAAAUCAUCAAUGGUUUUACAGUUUGCUUGUUGGAUGCACUGCACAAGUAUCAUGAGGUCAACCAUUACUUGCCAGAAAAGAUUGUGGUGUAUCGGGAUGGCGUGUCAGAUGGUCAACUCAAGAUGGUUGAGCAGCAUGAGAUCCCACAGUUAAUCAAAUGCUUCGAGACGUUUCCCAGCUAUGAUCCCAAGCUUGUCUUUAUUGUAGUCCAAAAGAGAAUCAGCACUACCCUCUAUUCAUGUGCUGGAAGCAGCUUUGGCGCGCCUUCACCUGGAACUGUUCUGGAUCACACACUCACUCAAAAAGACUGGGUGGACUUCUACCUGGUGGCACAUCACAUUCGCCAUGGAUGUGGACUUCCUACCCACUACAUUACCCUCUACAAUACAGCGAACCUGAUGCCUGACCAUCUGCAAAGGCUGACCUUCAAGAUGUGCCAUUUGUACUGGAACUGGCCAGGCACUAUUCGUGUUCCAGCCCCAUGCAAAUAUGCGCACAAACUGGCUUACCUUUCAGGACAGUACCUCCAUUCAGAACCCUCCAUCCAGCUGUCCGACAAGCUUUUUUUCCUUUGAAACACAAACUAUUUUCCUGCGAGUUAUUGUUAACCAGUUAUGGUGUGAAAGGAAAGAAAUGUUUGAAAAAAAUUUAUUUUAAAACAAACUAGAAUUAGAGGUAGAAGUCUUACUGUAGGAUUUUUGUUAUUCACUCUAACCUUAAAUGGCAUCUUACUAGCCAUGGAUAUUCUCAGCAUCCGAGAUGAAUAAAGACAGGAUCGAAACUGGACGAAAUGCAAGCCCUACAUUUUUGGGGAAGCUUCUUUUCCUUUAAAACACGCAAGCUUUAUUUUCCUGUUGAAACACCAGUUAUGAUUUCAAGAAACGUGUGAGUUAACCAGUUGUGGUGUGAAAGGAAUGACAAUGCUGUUUGAAUAAAAUUGUUAAAAAGAAUUUUAAAAAUUGGAUAAGAGUGUAAGUCUUACUGUAGGACUUUUGUUUUGAACACUAACCCGAGAUAGUGUCUUACUAGCCAUGGAUAGCCUCAGCAUCUGGGAUGAAUAAAAACUGGAUGAAAUCCAAGCGCUACCUUUUAAGCCCUAAAAUCUAGGGCAACUGUUGACUCU